AUGAGCGACAAGUCUGUACACCACCACGCUCGGACUAACGGGCGCACGUCGCGACAAUCAUCAGCCACUGGCUCUGAGACUGACGUGGACGAUCAUGCUACGGACUCUGGGGUGAAUGGGCACGACAGGGAGCGGAUCGAGCGGGAGGAUGAGGACGAAGAAGGUUCAGGCGAGGAGGAAAUCGACGAAGAUGAGGACGAGGAUGACGAUGAAGAACCUGCGCUCAAGUAUGAACGGCUUGGUGGUAUUGCGCCCAAACUUCUCAUAAAGGACUCCGCGUCUGCAAUGGCGUGUGCGAACCAGCGACUUGCUAUUGGAACACAUAGUGGCAUGCUGCAUAUCCUCGAACUCAGUGGUCAGCUUAUCAAGUCGUUUCAGGUGCACUCCGCAGCAGUCAUGGACAUAUCCAUGGAUGAGACCGCAGAAUGGGUAGCCACUGCAUCGAUCGACGGACAGGUCGUUGUGCACUCCGUAUCCACGCCUGAGUCGCAGACAUUCAACAUGAAGCGCUCCCUUCGCACCGUCGCACUAGAGCCCGGGUUCGCCAAGAGCAGCACACGCGCCUUCGUCUGCGGCGGCAUGGCCGGCUCUCUUGUGCUUCAUGAGAAGGGCUGGUUGCGAUACAACGAGACUACAUUACACUCCGGCGAGGGCCCCGUCUGGCAGACACGAUGGCGCAACCACCUCAUCGCCUGGGCGAACGACCUGGGCGUGAAGAUUUAUGACACCGUCUCACAAUCACGCAUCACCUUUAUUGAUCGCCCCCCUAACAGCCCGCGUGCGGACCUCUUCAAAUGCACGCUGCAUUGGCAGGACGAUGCGACGCUCCUCAUUGCUUGGGCAGACCAGAUCAAAGUUGCACGCGUGCGCGCGCGCCCACGCCCCGUUACCGUCGCUCCUGCGUCUGCGGGCGCACCACCAUUCAUCGUCGAAAUCACGGCCGUCUUCCAGCUCGACUGUAUGGCCGCUGGUAUCGUCCCACAUCCGCUCAUUUCCCCUACGCUUGCGCCCAGCUCCGCCACGGCCUCUGAUGCUACACCCGCUGCUCCUGCGCUCACUGCGUUCCUUCUACUUGCGUAUACCCCGCCCGACGUGUCGCUCCUCGCGGGCGAGGAGGCCGCUGUGGACCGUGCUGCGCAGGCACGCAAGGCCGCUGAGCGCCCCGAGCUGCGCAUCGUCUCUCGUGGCGGCGACGAGCUUGCUGCUGAUGCGCUCGGCAUUGCGGAUUUCGAGCGCUGGGGCUGUAACGAUUAUGUACUUGUAGAGGUCGACAACGCCGUAUCCUCUGCUCCCUCGCCUGCAUCUAUGGGCGCGUUUGGCCAUAGGGAGCGGUAUUACAUCGUGUCAAGCCCGAAGGAUAUUGUGGUCGUGCGCCCACGUGAUUGGCGUGACCAUGUCGAAUGGCUCACUGAGCGAGCACGGUAUGAAGAAGCUCUGGCGGAGAUCGAGCGACAGGCGGCGGCGGGCGUGACGGCGGGGCCGGGCGAGGAUGCGGUGGAUGCGGUUCGCAUCGGAGAGCGGUACAUCGAGUCUCUCAUUAGCCAAGGUGAUUUCAUUAAGGCCGCAAGCCUCUGCCCGAAGGUGUGUGGUCAGGACACGAAGCGCUGGGAAGCUUGGAUAUUCCUGUUUGCGAAGAGGAGCCAGUUACAAGCUAUCAUCCCGUAUGUGCCUACCGACUCGCCGACGUUAGGGCAUCUGGUGUACGAGGUAAUCCUUGCGUAUUACCUUGCACAGGACCGACAGGCGCUCCUUCAGACAAUCAGGAGCUGGCCCAAGGAUAUAUACGACAUUUCCACUAUCAUUUUGGCCAUACAGGCCGAGCUUGACCGCGCACCAUCCUCUUCAUCUAUGCAGACUACAGCGCCUGAGACGGUUGUACUCAUGGAGUGCCUCGCGGAGCUCUAUACGAUGAAUCGCCAGCCUGGAAAGGCGCUCCCUUACUUCCUGCGCCUCCGCCGUCCGAAUGUGUUUGAGCUCAUCCGCGAGAAUAAUUUGUUUACGGCUGUGCAGGACCAGGCGCUACUUCUUGUCGAAUUCGACCACGAACUGAUAGAACGCCGUCGUACUUUGGGUGUGGAUGUUGACCCGCAGCAGAGUGCUGCAAUCACUUUGCUUGUUGAUCAUAUUCAUUCGAUACCUAUCGGGCGCGUCGUGCAGCAAUUGCAGAGCCGAACGUACUACCUAUAUCUCUACUUGGAUGCCCUGUUCCGCAGGGACUCGCAGUUGACAUCCGACUUCGCAGAUAUGCAGGUAAAGCUGUAUGCGGAAUAUGCACCUACCCGGUUGUUGGACUUCCUGAGGGCGAGCAAUCACUACAGUUUAGAAGAGGCAUACAACAUAUGCAGCGAUGGAGAUAUGGUUCCUGAGAUGGUAUUCUUACUGGGGCGCAUGGGCAACAACAAGAAGGCCCUCACGCUUAUCAUCGAGCGACUGGGUGACGUUAAUAGGGCAAUAGACUUUGCGAAGGAGCAGCACGAUGACGACCUCUGGGAGGAUCUCCUCAAAUACUCCGAAACACGCCCAGCCUUCAUUCGCGGCCUGUUGGAGAACGUUGGCGCGGAGAUUGACCCCAUCCGGCUCAUCCGGCGGAUUAAGAAUGGACUCGAGAUUCCGGGGCUCAAGGGCGCGCUUAUAAAGAUCCUGCACGACUUCAACCUACAAGCAUCGCUCCUUGAGGGAUGCCAGACCAUUCUCAACGGGGACGCUGCGGAACUUGCCCGUCAAUUGCACCGCAACCAAACAUGUGGUUUUUUCCUGAGUGCGCAAACGUUAUGUCCAAUGUGCAAUCGCCCCCUUUACCAGCAUACCCACGGACAUGCGUUACUGUUUCUAUGUCGACACGCCAUCCACGUGAGUUGCGUGACGUCUGACGAAGCACUUGCGCAGCAACUAGACCAUAGUUUAGUUGGAAUGGGUAUCGGUGGACACCACGGUAUCGGUGGGAAAAUUGCGUUCACCGCCAUGGUCAAGGCUAGGAUCAAUAACAACUGUCCAGUGUGCCGCAGAAAAGCGGAAGGCGGGCGAUGA